GGAUCCGGGCAGCGGCAGCGGAGGAGCAGCAGCAGCAUCCCCGGGACCCCGGCUUCAGCGUCCCCGUGGCCCCGCGGGCCGGCGGAACGGCCCGAGAGCGCGCGCCCCGCGGAUCUGGUAAAGCAGCUCCAAGAAUUGCUCAUCCAGGACGGGAGGGCUUGUAUGAACAUACAGGUGGUACCUUUCCCUGAGAGGAAUGCAGAAGUUUCAUCAUAGGGUGAGUCUUGCUGUGACCAGAACGUGUUGGCUGAACCUGCGUGGCUGACUUCUAGGGAGCAAUCUUUACUGACAGUGGGAAAUACUGAUGCUGACAUUGUCUUAUCUUCAGAUCAGGUGUGACCCAGAACAGAAGCACCAAGCUCAAUGUCAAGCCUGAUGUGAUUGUGAUGAAAUAAAGUUGAAACGCCUUUAAUUGGAACAGGAUUCUGCAGUGUGGGGCACUGCAGCUUCUCCUGGCAGGAGGCCCUCAAAUCUUGGAAUGAUGGAGACCGUGCUAGGCAUUUGUCACCUGUCGUGAGAAGAGAGAAGAUGUAGCAUGUUUAGGCAGAAUUAAGAGGAAGAUUUCUGAGGCAUGGAGCUUCCAUGGGGUUCUGAAGAAAGUAAACUGAAUACAAAGAUGCCAGACUGUCACUGAGGUCCAUGGACGAAUGCCCACCCACUGCUCUGUAUGGGAUUGUAGAUUUAUGAGUACUAUGCAGCCUUUGCAUGAUGACAAGAAUCUAGUGCCCCAGAGGCAUAUUCUUCAGUAUCUGGACUAGACGUGCUGUCAAGACAAUGGCUUCUAAGGUCUCCUGCUUAUAUGUUUUAACCGUCGUGUGCUGGGCCAGUGCUCUCUGGUACUUGAGCAUAACUCGUCCUACUUCUUCCUACACUGGCUCGAAGCCAUUCAGCCACCUCACAGUUGCCAGGAAAAACUUCACCUUUGGCAACAUAAGAACUCGACCUAUAAACCCACAUUCUUUUGAAUUUCUUAUAAAUGAACCCAACAAAUGUGAGAAAAACAUUCCUUUCCUUGUGAUCCUCAUCAGUACCACCCACAAGGAAUUUGAUGCCCGGCAGGCAAUCCGGGAGACAUGGGGGGAUGAGAACAACUUUAACGGGAUAAAGAUAGCCACACUCUUCCUCCUGGGUAAGAACGCAGAUCCCGUCCUGAAUCAGAUGGUGGAGCAAGAGAGCCAGAUCUUCCAUGACAUCAUCGUGGAAGACUUCAUUGACUCCUACCACAACCUUACCCUCAAGACUUUAAUGGGGAUGAGAUGGGUUGCCACUUUCUGUUCAAAAGCCAAGUAUGUCAUGAAAACAGACAGUGACAUUUUUGUAAACAUGGACAACCUUAUUUAUAAACUCCUGAAACCCUCCACCAAGCCAAGAAGAAGGUAUUUUACUGGCUAUGUCAUCAACGGUGGGCCAAUCCGGGAUGUCCGCAGUAAAUGGUAUAUGCCCCGAGAUUUGUACCCUGACAGCAACUACCCUCCUUUCUGCUCCGGGACUGGCUAUAUCUUUUCAGCUGAUGUGGCCGAACUGAUUUACAAGACCUCACUGCAUACCAGGCUGCUUCACCUUGAAGAUGUGUAUGUGGGACUGUGUCUUCGAAAGCUAGGCAUCCAUCCUUUCCAGAACAGUGGCUUCAAUCACUGGAAGAUGGCCUAUAGCUUGUGUAGGUACCGCCGGGUUAUCACUGUGCAUCAGAUCUCUCCAGAAGAAAUGCACAGAAUCUGGAAUGACAUGUCAAGCAAGAAGCAUCUCAGAUGUUAGGAAUUUUGCCAAUGUAAAUAUGUUUCUUUUUUAGAAAUGGGGCCUAAGGUGUUAGUAUUUUACAGGUGUCACCAAGGGGAUAUGAACUGGUGAGGGGGUUUUGUAGUUUUUGCUUCCUGUUCCUUGUUCCUUUCUUGGAUCACCAAUUUACAGAUGCUAGGCUUUGGCCAUAGAUACAAUAAGUGAGUUAGAAGGACCAGAUUUAAUUCAGGUCCCAAGACCUUGCUAUUUAUCUUUAAAAGUGACUUGUAAACAACUGCUAAGAUUUAUGUGCUGUGCAUCUGAGAUAAAAAUCUGGUUCAGAAAAUGGAAACUCACAAUAAUGUCUUCAUCUCAUCUCUGCAAAAAUAAAUAAAUAAAUAAUUCUCAAAAACAAUUCAAAAGUGAUGCACAGUCAGGAAGACAGACUGGAUGUGAUGAUUAGUACUGUGUGUGUUGUUACAUUGAAUUUUUACAUAUAUCACCAUGUAAUGUGUACAGAAUUUAUGGUUCCACCAAGAAUUGAAUUUAGUAUAGGCAGGGAGAAUGCAGUGAAAUAGAUGAAACUUGAAAACUUUAGAAUCAAAUACAUUGUAUGUUUAGAGAACAACUCUGCUUGUUUGUCCAAGGAUUAAACCUGGUCAGCAGGAGGAAUGUAUAUAAAAUGCUACUUAAAGUAAACAAAAUAAAAAUCUUAUGCUCUUUUAGAACAAACAUUACAUGGUGCCGCCAAGGAGACUGCCAAAUGUAAUAAUCUCUGCUUCCUUCCAUAUUAUGCUGCUAAGUGCAUUUUCCAAUUCUUGAAUCAGGCAAGUGCAUGUCUCCACGUAUAGAAAAUAAGUUGGUAGGAGACCAAAGAAUAAGAAAUUACAAUUGAGAAAAAUGCAAAUUUAGUUACACAUUUAAUCAACAUAAGCUUAGCAAUAGUAUCUGAUGCCCCCUCACACAUUUGCAAAGCCUGUAAGAAAAUCUUUACUGGGUGCCAGCAUUAUUGAAAGAUUUGAUCCUACUAUUGAUGGAUGGAAAAACACUCUAACAUCUGGAACAUCCAAGUAGCAGCAAAGUAGUUAAUGAGGUUAUGUUAUUAUCUGGAGAUGCUGCAGCUAGGAUUCAUGGAGAACUGAGAGUGAGGAAGCUGAGUUCAGAUCCUACUGAUGCCACCAGACUUCUGUGUACCCUGUGAGCAGGUCUCUCAACGUUGAUGUACUUCAGUAUGCUCAAUUGUAAAAUGUCUGACAAAAAUAUCUACCUCACAGGUACUGUGAGAACAAAUCACAUUUGUUAAGUAUUUUGAGGUCCUUAGUUUAAAAGGUGCUACAUAAUGCUAUGUGUUAUGCAUUAUAUGCUAAAUGCUAAAGUGAUUACAAUAAUCAUAAUAAUGAUCAUCAGUAGUAACAUCAUCUCAAUAAAAGUAUCUACCAGAAUAUGAAAUGUCAGUGUACUUAAUUCUUCCAAAAUUUUGAUGCUUCUUUGGCUAUAAGUUAGUAGUUUGUGGAAACUUCAAUUUUUCUGCCAUUUCCUGUCUUCAAUAACUCAGUGAUCACUUCAGCAUGUUGCCUUUGAAUCUCAAGAUGCUGAAAGACAAGGGAGCUGCUUUGCUCUGGGUAGGAGCAUUGCACAUGGUUUGCAAAAUGCAUUACAACAACUUGGACCUUGGGAAGAAUUUGACCUGAAUUCUCCUUAGAAACUUUGAGAACAGGUAGAGUUAGCUCAUUCCAUUAGAAGAAUUAGCAUUUAGCAGUCUAUACAUUGCAUACCUAUCAUUCAUUGGAAAACUCAACGAAAGCCACACAUCUGAAUAGGAGCACUCUUUCUUAUCUGGUGUUUUGUUUUUUUGUUUUUUUUUUUUUUGUUUUUUUAACCUGACCUCUGGAAGUACCCGUAGACAAGGGAGGAAAAGUGAAUAAACUGAAGUCAUAGUCUAGUGCUUAGAAACAAUGGUUCUCCCACAUCCCUAGCUCCAAAAUACCCAAUAUAAGAUAGUACUUCCCAUCGAUUAAUAUGCCCUCAAGUUAUGAUCAGCAGAUCUAAUGAUUCUGAUUACUGAGCAGUGUUAAUUGUCCUGGUGGAGUGGAGCAGGACAGGGUGAGCCCCUCUCUCAUCUUGCAUCCUCAACUGCUGUGAGUUCCAGUCACUGGGAAAGUCUCUCAACCUCAUGCCUCAUUUGCCUCCCAAUCAUACAGCUAAACACAGUCUCCAUCUCAUACUGCUCUCUUGCAUUCAUGCCAAUGCUAAGCCAAACCACUUUGGUGUCAAAUAAUUGCACAUUAUAAACACCAUGUAUGUACAUCUAUGAAUUGUUUUAUAUGUGUAUAGAAUAAGAAUAAAGCCCUAAUCUUGAAAAGGAGCAAAAAUCAGAAACUCACAUGUCUUAAAGAACUAUUUCCUAACUUUUUAAUGCUACAUAGUGCCCAUGUGACAAACAUGUGAAUAGUCAUCAAAGACCACAUGUAUAUAUUUUAAAAACAUUUUUUCCUCAGAUGUAUGUACAGCUAGAAUCUGCUUGAUAUGUAACAUUUUCCUCUGCAUGGGGCUUGGUGAGACAAGGCCAUUUGCCCAGUAUUUCAAUAGCCUUAAGCAUGUUUUCCCUUUCUUUUUUGAAUGUUCAAAAAAAUGUUUAAUUGAUCAAGUAAAAGCUCUACUUUUCUACUUUUGUUAAUUCUAUGACAUGACCCUUGACAACUUAUUGUUGCAAUUGUUUCUUAAACCAUUCUUACAAUUACCUUGACAAAUAUAAUUUUUCUUAAUAACAAUAGCAUUCCAGGGCUGGGGAUGUAGCUCAGUAGUGGAUCACUUGCCAAGCAUGUAAAAGGCUCUGAGUUGGAUUCCCCAGCACUGCAAAUAAUAAUGCUAAUAAUAAUAAUAAUAAUAAUAGAAUUAAAAUAACAAUGGCAGUAUUCUACCCAAAGUCAUUUGGACAAUUUUUCUAAACAUUGUCUGACUAGCUCCUUGCCUAGUUUUUCAUUAAACAUUGGAUAACAAUGGCUACCAGUGAUCAAUAUCUAUAAUCUUAAAGUUCCUUAAUUUAUUUGGGGGGGAAGGAAAAAAAAAAGCUUUCUCUUUGGUGCCUAGUUUGUGUGGCUGUGUCUUCUUACAUUGGAGCAGUUUCAAUACAUGCUGUACUUUAAAAUAAAAAAACCAGAAUCAAAACAUGAAGAUCAUUGUUGAUAUGGAUUAAAUGUGAAAGAAUAAAACCCCUUGUGUGAUAAUAUAUGGGGAAAACAAACUAUACAGCAAAGCCAAGGAAGGAGUUUUAGUCAAAUUUCUUCUACAAAAAGACAAUGGAAUAUUUAUGUACAGUGUCUGGUAUUCAUUUUCUACCUUUCCUAAUAUGUGGGUUCAGUGUGGGAAUUGAUUAUGUCAUUUCUUCUGUAAAGGUGAAGAUAGUUUUUAUAAGCAACAAGGUAACUUGUGGAAUGAAAGAAGUGCUUUGCUAGAAGUGCUUACAAUAAUUGACAUUUAGGUAUAUCAUUAUAUAUGAAUGGUUGUAUUUAUGUAUUUAUUUGUUCAAAAUUGUAUAUACAGUUUUGCUGAAAGUAAUUGUAAAAGUGCAUUCUCUGGGUUUAUAGUUGCCAUACAUGGGUUGCCAAUCAAGCUGCUAAUCAGAAUACUAUUUUUUGUAUCAGUGUUAUAAAACUGAAAGGAGAAAUAGAUGAAGAUGUCUUUACAUUCACUUUUUUUCACCUUCCUCUUGAAAUGUAAACUGUUGGCUAAAAGCACGAUGCUAAUGUACAGGUCCAUCUGUCAUGGUUCCCUAAAGAUGAUUUUUUUAAACCAUUGGGACAAAUAAACAGAAAGAAAACUA